GUGAUCAACUCAUCUGUUAUGUUCAUGACAUCACUCCAAUGAAGUCUGGAAGUAUGUCAUACAUGACUUGCAAUUUGCAAACUUCUACAUCCAAACUGAAGGCUGUUUGUUCUUCCCCUGAAAAAAGCAACCCUCUGAAGAAAGCAAGUGCAGGUAGAAGUCCAAUAAAAAUUAAAAAGUUUGAUUUCAGCAGUAAAUUCAAUAAUGUUGUCAUCAACAAACAUACAGUUAUUGAAGAUUACAAAGAGCCUAUUGGUUUCUCAUGUGCCGACCCAUCUGCACUGGUUACUCUGUCGAGUGUCCAUGGUAUAUCUCCGGGACAGAUGGUUACAUUAAAGGCAAAUGUUACACAGAUGAGUGGUGUCAAGCAUGUGAAAAUAGACAAUGGAACUUUGAAACAAGUAAUGGCUAUUCUUGUUGAUCCGACUGCCUCCAUCCAAGCUGUAUUUUGGGAAGAAUGGGUUGGUUCAAUUGAAGAUAGAAAGACAUACAUAUUCACGAACAUGAGGCUACGAGAAGAUAACUACACAAAUGAGAAGUUUGUCAAUACAGCAAAGUCUGGAUGCAAGAUUGGAAUCAGCGUUCCAUUUAGUGAAGCAUUGCCAGAUGUGACACUCUCCCUGAGUGAGAUGGCAACAAAAGAGGUAACUAUUUCAGUAGUAGUUGUAGGAGUAAAAGUUCUAAGUAACUUCUUCACUUGCCAAAGUUGCUCCAAGAAGCUUGAAGAGUGUGGUACCAAGUAUAUAUUAUGUCGUCCAUGUAACAUGAAGCAGAAGCCUAUCAAUAUUCAGUGGUACUGCAAACUUAGAGUCCAGGAAACAUUGUCGCAGCAAUUCAACCUUUCUGUAUUUCAUCCUCAAUUGAUGAAGCUGUUGGAGACCCAGGGAAGAUCUUUGUUGCCAACAUUAACCAAUGAUCAGAUUGAAGAUAUUCUUCUAGAUGUGGAGGGCCCAUUGAGAUUAGCAUGA